AUGGCAUCAAUCGCAUCACAACUACGAAACCGCAAAUGGACGAGAGAUUCUCAUCUCAUCUCAACCGACAUUAGCCUUAUUUCCAUAAAAGAUCUCAAUGACGCCUUCGCUUCCGAAGAGUUCUACUGGGGCAAACCUCUACCCGAACCCGUCGCCAAAGAAACGCUCCAAAACUCGCUGUGCUUCGCGCUCUACGACCUGAAAACAACUCCCCUCGAGACUGCCGAAGACUUACUUCGUCAGAAAGCUUCUGGCACCACCGUGGAUGAUGACUUGACACCAAAGUUCAUCGGUUAA